AGAUCUCUGACCAGGAUCCUGCAACAGAGAGCUGUUCACCGGGGCAACGGUGAUGUAUCUCAGGACCGGACGAUGGUGAAGUCCACGAGGCAGCCCUAAGAGGCAGGCUGUCCUCCUCAUGUUUUAUUAGACGCCGGUCAUGACAGCUCGAGGCACUCCGAGUCGUUUUUUACAAAGCGUUCUGCAGAACGGAGUCGGUCGGUACGUGUGUCAGCUGAAACGCGUGUCUCUUAUUUUCUCUAAAAACGGACAGAGCUCCUUAGGGGUCAGGGAGUUCAUUGAGGAAGGUGUGGUUGACUUUGCCAAAAAGAACCCGGGAAUUGUCGUCUAUGCCUCUCCUCAGUCAUGCAGAAUUCCAAAAAUAGUUGCUGAAUAUCUCAAUGGCAAUGUGAAGAGUGAGCUUGUCACCAAUAAAACGUCACAACAGAUUGCAGAGUUGGUUACUAAAAUGGCCAACCAGUCUGGCCUGGACAUCAUUCGCAUCCGAAAGCCUUUCCACACAGACAGCCCAAGUAUCCAAGGCCAGUGGCAUCCGUUCACCAACCGGCCUCCCAGCACAAAACCAGUUGGACCACAGGCUCAAUGACCACUUGACCUCAAUUUCUACUUCUGCUAAACUUUACUGAGCACUGAAUAUAGACUGGUUAACUCUUCUAUCAGCCUGUUCUUGGAAAUUGGAUCAACAUUGUAUUGUGUAGAUUGUAUUCUGAAAUGAUGUACUGAAGCAAUAAAUAAUAAUAAAAAAAAAACAUAUGGCCACUGUAGAAAAUUAAUUUAUUGGAUACAUUGGAAAAGAAACAUUGGAUAUUAGAGCACGCUAUUAAUAUUGUACAUUGCAUGCUUAAUAUUGGAAAUAGGUAAUCCAAAAUCUUUACAGUGACUGGGAGAAAAGAUAUGCAAGUGAUAAAACAUUGUUUUUCAUUAUUCUGUCUCUUCCCAUAAAAUGUGAAAAUGAAAAGUGGACACAGUUUCGAACAAAAUAAACCAUGUUGUCGAUGUAAA